CAUCAACUAAGCGAUUGCAUACACACAACUUCAUCAGCGAAUUUUUAUCGGAAAUUCAUCGAUUUUAUCAUGGACAUGGAGACGAUAUUGAUUCCUAAAGUGUCUACGUUGACAAAAGAUAUGGAAAUGUUUUCAAACAUUGAAAAGUUUUCUGCCGUAACGGGAUAUGUUCCAAACAUGGAACACGUAUCAAAAAAGAUAAAAACAGUGCGAGGCAACAGACUUACAAAUGUCCUCCGUACUUUGAGAAAUUCUGUCCUCAAGAAAUCACGUGCAGAUUAUAACCUUCUUACAAAUGACGAGUUCAGAUAUACAUUAUUUUCAUCAGAGACCAAAGUCAAGUUAAGAGAACGGAAACAGACGUUGGUAGAGUUAAUAAAGAGACACGAGAAGGCGCUGCUAGCCCUCAGAGACGCUAGAAUGAAAUGUUGGAAAUCCAAAGACAAACUAGACGAAUGCAAACUUUCUCUAGAAACACAAAAAUCCGCUCUUAGAUAUAACGAAGAUGAAAAGAAACCAAGAACCGCUGCCAUUAAGCUUAUGCAAGUAUUUCUAGAGAAGAGAAAGCUUGUUCACGAACAAUUUCUCGGAGAGUUUGAGACAAAAUUCCUAGCUGAAAUAAGCUUAAGAGAGAAAAUUAAUAAGAUUGCUCGAGAUAUGGAAGCUGACAUUGUUGAUAUGAUGGUAGAUAGAAUUAGAGUUAUGAUGACUGACAAUAAACAGGUUAUAAGUGAUACAAAUAUGAGAAAACUUGCCCACCAACUUUACUAUCAGACAUGUCGAUCAUACAAGUUUGUCAUUGCUCAGAACAUUCCAUGCCAGAAAGUCUGGAUCGAAAAGCCACAAUACGAUAGCAGCAGUUUAAAUGGAGCAGCCAUAAAAAGACAGAUAAAGAAUGCAAACCGGUCUUAAGAAGAUAGUUGUUUGAUAUGAUGGUGUUAUUUAUUUCAUUUUUUUUUUGGCUGACAGGGUCAGUAUUUUUUUUUACAAAAUAAUGUCAAGAAUUGAAAGCAGAAAAAAUAGAAA